AUGGUGACAUCAUGGCCCGCUAGCACGUUCGCGGAUUUCACCGUCGACGCGACGCUGGAAGAGGAGCUCACCUUCGCGGGGCUCACGGGAUUCGUGAGCCUUCUUAAGCAGGGCGGCCUCUUGUCGGAGCUGGAGCUCCGCGCGCGAAAUGGAUCCGCCGUUACUCUCUUCGCGCCGACCAACGAGGCGCUCAUGCGCACAAACCCCGCUUUCCUCGCCUUCCUUAAACUGCAGCGCAACGACGCGAUGCUUCGCGACGUGCUGAUGUACCACGUCAUCGAGAAGCCCGUUUCAGCCUUCGCGUGGGAAGGUUCGUUCAUUACGCUGCAGGGCGCGCCGAUUCAACUCCACGUGGACGCUCUCGCGUUUCAAGUUGGCGAUUCGACAGUGAAGCAGUACAAGGCCGUCACCAUGUCCACGGGCAUGGCUGACGGGCAGGGCGCGGAGGUUUUUGCGGGCACGAUCGUGGUUCAUUCCAUCAACUCGCUGCUUUUGCCGCCGGUUCUCGACGAAACCUUCUUGCAGACCGACCUGAACUCGAUCCUUGCCGAAGGAAACGAAUCUUACGGCGAUCAGGGCUUGUACGGCUCGGACAUCCGGCGGUCCAUGCUCGCCGGGGCACCAGGCUCCGAGCCUCUCCCAGGCCCUCCUGUCACUUCCUCACCGCCACCCCCGCCCAGCCCCACUGUCCCAGUCCAGCCGCUCCCUACCCCCCCGCCUGCUCCCACAACCCCGCCUCCGCCUUCCAAUUCUGCUCCUGGUUUGCUGGCUCUCCGGCAGCUGCUUCCAACCUUAAGCUUCGCCUUCCUCGCCCUCGCGGCGUUGUUGUGA